CCCAACCAAUCAGGAAGCAGAAUGAUCCGUUCCGGGCACGUACGGGGCUUACACGUGCAGCGUGGAAGGUAUGACUGUAGUGGCCAACUCGUGGGCUGAAUAAUGGCCGAUGCAGCGAGAAGGAAUAAAGCCCCUCGUAGGCCAAGUCAAGUCAGUUUUAUCUGCAUAGCCCAAUAGGUCUUCAGUUGGACUCCUCGACAGCUACAGGUAUUUAUGCAAGAAAACCACGAUGCGUCGAUUUAUGGAGCAUGCUAGAGCCAGGAAAAAAUGCCAGGACGGAGAGUUCAGCUUGAAGAGAAAACAACCAGACAAUAACAAUGACGUACCGAACACAUGUAGAUUAGUCAAAAAAACCAAAUUAACCCCACACCUUCUAGGCCAUGACACUAUAAGCACUACCAGUAGACAAUGCACAAGGACUGACUUAUCUAAAGCUGGGCAGCAGUACUGUGGCCUUCAGACUUGUGCAUCGACUGGGCAGGUCAAAGCAUUAGACCAGUGUAAAUUAACUACAGCUUUUGGAGAGAGCUGGGAGGUGGACAGCGGCUUCUCAUCUGAAACCAGCCCUCCGACCAGCGGGAGAAACUCGCCACUCCUCUGCCUGUGCCCAGCCACUGUGGUGGCUUUGGACUGUGAAAUGGUGGGCACGGGCCUCGGAGGACGUUGCAGUGAGCUAGCCCGCUGUAGCAUCCUGGAUUACCAUGGUAACAUCCUCUAUGAUAAGUACAUUCGUCCCUGUCAGCCUGUCACUGACUACAGGACGCGCUGGAGCGGCAUCCAGAGGCACCACCUCCAGAAUGCUGUGCCUUUCACAGAGGCCAGGGAAGAGAUCCUUGGCAUAUUGGAAGGCAAGGUAGUGGUAGGCCACUCUAUCUACAAUGACUUCAGAGCCUUGGACUACUUCCAUCCCAGUCACAUGGUCCGGGACACGAGUGCCACUCGCCUGCUCAGCCGACUAGCUGGCUUCCCCCCCGAACGCUGCGCCUCCCUGAAGAUCCUGGCCAGUAGGCUUUUGGAUCGGAGGAUCCAGGAUGGAAAGAAGGGCCACUGUUCAGUUCAGGAUGCCCAGGCUGCCCUGGACCUCUACAAGCUGGUGGAGGUUGACUGGGAGGGGGAGAUGCAGGACAGACUGAGGGGUGGAGUAUCGGCACCACAGCCAUGCCCUGCCUCUUCUGACCACUAUAUGCAGGACCAGUACUGGCCAGACCACCUGACCGACGACAGUCAAUGAAGAGGGUGGGCUGACAGUGGAAUUGAGGGCUGCUAUAUGAAACUUGGUGAAAAUCUGUCUUACAGUUUUUGACUUUAAUGUGUCGGUGGAAAAAAAAAAGAAAAUUACAAUUUACUGCAAGAAAUAAAUGAAAGAACAAUUUAAAAAAAUCCUUUAGUGAGAGCAAAUUCCUUAGCUAUAUUACAUAGUUGGUGGCACAGAGGCGCAAUGGUUAGCGCGGUUACCUCACAGCAAGAAAGCCCUGGGGUAGGCCAACCUUGUUUGUCCCGGGUCGUCUUCUGUGUGGAGUUUGCAUGUUGUCCCUGUGUCUGCGUGGGUUUCCUCUGGGUGCUCCGGUUUUCUCCCACAGCCCACAAAGACAUAUAGGUCAGGUGAAUCGGCCAUACUAAAUUGUCCCUAGGUGUGAAUGACUGCUGGGAUAGGCUCCAGCAUCCCCGCGACCCUGAGAGCAGGCUAAGUGGCUUGGAUAAUGAAUGAAUAUUGCAUAUUUUAAAUGCAACAUUGGGUCAAAAUGUAUCAUACUACACUAACAUUGUUAGUCCUACUAGAAUGAGAGAAUGUGAGGAAUGGGGAAUAAGGAUACAAUUUCUCUGAUUGUCCUGUGUGAGAUGUACUGCAACAUUUGGGCAGAAAACUUGAAUGCUAUGAAUUAAACGGACGCUAACUUA